AUGCAUGAAUUCGAAUUUGAGACCGAAAUUGAGUCAAGCAGCUUACUGUGCUUAGAAGAUAAAUCGCCUUUCCCGUCAAGAAAAGAUCCGGAACUGUGUGAUGAAAUAAAAAAUAGCUCUCGACCUCAGAAGCAGCCGAUUGAAACAAUUGGAGCUGAUGAUGUUGGAACCACGUCAUUUCAAGAGAAAAAAGAUUCUGCCAUGGAUGCUCCAUUGCUGGAAAUGGAAGAUACAGUUGACGUCACUUUGCAGUCUCAAACGUCAGAGAUGGAUACUGAUUUUGUCAGUGAUAAUAGCGAGUCUACCGAAUCUAGUGACGCAGAAGAUGAAUUGGAAACAUUAUGGGUUACUUGUGCUGGGAAACUCCAACAUAUGAUGAACAGUCUAGAUCGAACAGGCCAUUUAAUGUUAGAUGAGAUGAAACAGCCAAGCAUUCCUAAUAUUGAACAAUUUGUUCUCUCGGUGAGCGAGCUUGCAGAAAGUAUGGAAAAUCAAAGCAACGAAUUAAAGAAAUGUGCAAAAUGCUGUUUGGAAAAAAUAAAGAAAGAGAAAAGCAAAGGAUCACUUUCUAACGAGGAAGUAGCUGUUUUGAUGGAGCGUGAUCCAGGAAAGCGCGGCGAAAUUCUAUCUGAUAAUCAACGAGAAUUUUUAAUCAAUAUGGGUCCUUGCCAACCAAAAUUAGCGACUUUCCCAACUAAUGAUAAUGUUGCGUCUGGCAAACACAACAGGUUUUCGUCCCAAUGGUACAAGGAAUACCCUCACCUGGAAUACAGCGUCCAUAACGAUUCAGCAUUUUGUUUCGUGUGUUGCCUGUUCCCUGAAGGAGUUGGGAGAGCAUCAGCAGAUAAAUCAUGGAUAGUUAAUGGAGUUAGACAGUGGCAUAAGAUGAAGAGUGUCGGAACUAAGAAGAAAGGAAAACUGGCGCAGCAUUUCACGAGCCAGGGACACAGAGAGGCAUUAAAAGACUUCGCCGCAUUUAUGAAUCCUAAUCAAAAGGUUGAUGCGCUUUAG